AAAAAAAUUUGCAAAACUCGGGACAUAUUCAACUCACUGUUUCAUUGUUUAGCCAGAUCAUUGUCCCAACUCCCAACAUGAAGAUACCAGUUGUUGAUUUUGGAGCAUACAAGUUAGGGGAAAACGAUGUUUCGGGCGAACAGUUAGAGAUCCUGAGCAGACAGUUGAAAACGGCCUUUACUGAAGUGGGAUUUGUUUAUCUGAAGAAUACUGGGAUAGUGCAACUAGAGGUGGACGAGGUUAUGAACAUAUCCAAGAAAUUCUUUCUGCAACCUGACGAAAUGAAACUGCCUUUCAGCAGGAACAGCUUCUCUAAUAAUCCUAACCAUGGCUGGGUGUCUUUAGAGACUGAGAGUUUAAAUCCCAAGAGACCAGGAGACCUAAAGGAAGCCUUCAACACUGCGUCCUUUCAUCCAGACAUAAAAUGGCCGUUGUGGGAAGGAGUGAAUGGAUUCUGUGAGAUCCAGUCAGGGUUCUUCCUGCUCUGUAAGGACCUGUGUCUCUGGGUGCUUCAUGUGAUGGCCGACAGUCUGGGCCUGGAGGCUGAGGUCUUCCUGAGUGCACACAGACACAUAGGGAGUGAUGAGAACAGCAGUACGCUGAGGUCGCUGUAUUACCCCCCGGUGAGGAGUGACAGGGUGAAGGAGGGCCAGCUGUGCUGUGGAGAACAUGACUACGACAGCAUCACCCUGGUCUUCUAGAACCAAGAGGGUGUCCUGCAGGUGCGUACCAGGUCAGGGGAGUUCAUCUCUGCUCCCAGCAUCCCUGGGACAGUACUGAUCAACAUAGCUGACCUGAUGCAGAGGUGGACCAGUGAUGUUUUCCUCUCAGCGGUCCAUAGGGUUUUGCUGCCCCCCGCUGGAGACUUGAGCACACGGCAGUCCCUGGCUUUCUUUGUGCAGCCAGACGAUGAAGCCCUCAUCACCUGUUUUGACGGAUCCAACAAAUAUCCCCCUGUGAAGUCAGGAGCCUAUCUCAGUGAACGCUUCAAUGACUCUUAUGGGAGGAAGUGAGCUUUAUCUAUCCAGCAUUAAUUAUUUUGUGUUAUGCAAUUAUGUCAGUGAAACAGAAUGUCAGUAAAGAGAGAAUAAAUAAGUAUAACCAUUACUUCCCUCUUACACAUCCCUCUAUCAUCACUCCAUGGGGGAGUACAACCAUUACCUCUCUCCUCUUUCACAUCCCUCUAUCAUCACUCCAUGGGGGAGUACAACCAUUACUUCCCUCUUACACAUCCCUCUAUCAUCACUCCAUGGGGGAGUACAACCAUUACCUCUCUCCUCUUUCACAUCCCUCUAUCAUCACUCCAUGGGGGAGUACAACCAUUACCUCUCUCCUCUUUCACAUCCCUCUAUCAUCACUCCAUGGGGGCGUCCCAAUAAUCUCUCCUUCCUCCUGAAGUGUAACAUUCCUUCACUACUCCUCACAAAUGUAAAAGCAUUGGAUUGGUGUUGGCAUGGGGUAGAGGGAGUUUACAUAUACCAGUCAUUUCCUUUAAAUCCAUGAAGGGAAGUGGGAGAGCGAGAGAGAGAAUCAGAUAAAGUUGUGGAGAUAAAGGAAUAUGUGAGCAGAAACCCUCCAGGUACAGAUACUGUAUGUAGAAACAUAGUAAAGCCCUGUAUGGACUGUCAAUACAGGUACUGUAUGUAGAACCAUAGUAAAGACCAGUAUGGACUAUCAAUACAGAUACUGUAUGUAGAACCAUAGUAAAGACCAGUAUGGACUAUCAAUACAGGUAAUGUAUGUAGAACCAUAGUAAAGUCCAGUAUGGACUAUCAAUACAGAUACUGUAUGUAGAACCAUAGUAAAGCCCAGUAUGGACUAACAAUACAACGUGACCAUUUAGAAUGAGGCCCAGUUCAAUGAGAGGAAGUCUUAACAGAACUGGGGGAUGACAGACAUGAAGUGGGUGAGUGGAGAUCUAAUAUUUUUUUGUGCCAAACACUAAAGCAUGAUAUUGUAAUAAGUCUACACCCUAUUCCAUAUGUAGAACACUACUUUAGACCUGGUCAGAAGCACCGUAGUGCACUACGUAGGGAAUAGGGAACCAUUUGGAACAGAGGCAGUAAUUCCCCUGAACAUCUUUCUCUUCCUCAUCUGGUUUCUUUAACAGCCCUUCACUCCUCCCCUCUUCCUCCCCUCCCUUUUCAUUCUAUUCUAUCAGCCACACCACUAGCUCACCUCCACACAAUCCAUUUACAAGUUAAAGACACACCUUGGAAUAAAUAACAAAGGAAAACUAUUACUAGAUGAAGUUUAGUGUUGUAUUUUUUAUUUCCCAUCACCAUAAAUCAUAUUUAAUCACUGAACAGUAGCAGACCUAACUUCAUCUGUUCCUGACUCUGGAUAGUGGAUUAAAAAUACUAUCAAUCUCCAAUGAUAUUAAAGUACUAUUCUGAACAUUA